AUGGAAGAAUAUGAUGAGGAUCCCUUCGCCGUUCCAAGGGAAUCUGCUGUAAUAAUUCCACAUUUGCAACAAUUGGAAAAAGAUUUCUUUGAACUGGUUGGUUAUGGAAAUGUUGCAGAUGUAAAAGACUUUCUUGAGGCUCAUCCCGAUUUCAAUAUUAAUGUAAUGGAUUUUCAGGGUGUCACCGCGCUUCACAUCGCCGUCCAUGAUAGAAACCUACCGAUGGUCGAGUACCUUUUGACCCAUCCUUACAUCGAUCCGGGCGAUGCACAUUUACACGCUAUCAGAGAUGGCGAGAUAAGGAUCACGCAGGUUAUUUUGAAUAAACUGAACCAACUGUCUCCGGGAUUGGAGUACGCAGGGGUGACCCAAAGUGCCGAUUUUCCGGACGAAACAACUCCACUCACGCGCAGAAGCGAACGAGAAAAAUACGAUCUGCUCACCACCGAGAAAAUGCGAAUAUUUAUAUAUAAAGCUGUCACGAACCCGGCGUUCAUUUGUCAAACCGUCGACGACCCAAUUUUGGAAGCGUUCAAUUUGUCUUACGAACUACGAAAUGCUGCCGAUUUCGACAGAGAAUUUUAUUACGAGUAUAGAAGUCUCUCCGAGGCUGUCUCGCAAUUCGCAACCGAUUUGAUCGGUUGCGCAAGAACUGUGGAGGAGGUGGAAGAAAUUUUGAAACAAUCCACUGGAUUCGCUCUUUCGUCCAAAUUUCUAUAUCCAAGGCUGCUGUUCGCUUUGCAUAACAAGCAGAGAUCCUUUGUCGCCCAUCCCAAUAUACAACAGGUCGUAAUUUCAAGCAAAUGGAUAGAGGGAUGGUACGAAUGGAAGAUCAUGACACCAUGGAUGAAGUGUCUAAUCGUAAUAUUACGCAUGUUCACGCUUUUCGUGGUAUUAGUAGUGAUUCUGGUAGCUCCAAAUUCUAAGAAAUCGAAAUUUUGGCAAUCACCCGUGAACAAGUUCAUCUCGUCAACCGCCAGCUACUUGUGGUUCCUCCUUAUCGUUUUUCUUCAAUCGAAUAUAGAUAAAAGCGAGCAACUUCGUGGACCGCCAAAUACAGUACAACAUAUGUACAAAAUAUUCCAGAAAUCAACUGAUGAAGCUUGA